UUUAGAUAUUGUAUAAAGUUAUAUAUACAUGAUGCAACUGGUGUAAUAACAAUUAUGCUCUGUUUACAUAGUGUGAUUGAACACACUCAAUUCUAUCUUAACCUAUUCCUAUAAACCUUGCCUAGUCCACAACUUCCAUUCAUUCUAUCUUACCAAAUCCUAAAACUAAUGCCAUCAAGGAGGGUGGGCUCAAGUUACCCAACAAGGUAGCAAAGAAAGCAAUGAAUAUGGCUCUGGUUUCUCUGUUUGUCUUCUCCUUCUUGCAACUUUACAUAUCAAAUGCAGAAAUCUCAGGUCAACCAGGAGUGAACUAUGGUCAACUGGGUAACAAUCUUCCACCACCAACAACCUCUGUGAAUCUCAUCAAAUCCCUGAAAGCAAAACGCGUCAAAAUCUACGACACAAAUCCAGAAAUCCUCAAAGCCCUCGAAAACACAGACAUCCAAGUCUCCAUCAUGGUCCCGAACGAACUCGUCACCAACAUCUCCACCAACCAAACACUCUCCGACCACUGGAUCCAAUCCAACGUCGUACCCUUCUACCGGAAAACCCUCAUCCGCUACCUCCUCGUCGGCAACGAACUCACCAGCUCCACCGGUAACGAAACGUGGCCUCACAUCGUCCCCGCCAUGCGCAGAAUCAAACACUCCCUCACGAUCUUCCAUCUUCACAAAAUCAAGGUUGGAACCCCUUUCGCUAUGGACGUUCUGCAAUCGUCGUUUCCACCCUCAAACGGUACCUUCAGAAACGACAUUGCGUUUAGUCUCAUCAAGCCCAUGUUGGAAUUCUUGCACAAAACCAGCUCGUUUUUCUUCCUGGAUGUGUACCCGUUUUUCGCCUGGGCUUCGGAUCCGGUCAAUAUUAACCUCAGUUACGCUCUUUUUGAUUCGGGCGAUAACAUCAGGGUAACGGAUUCGGGUACGGGUUUGGUUUACACCAAUUUGUUCGACCAGAUGGUGGACGCGGUUUACUUCGCAAUGGAGCGGCUCGGGUACCCAGGUAUUCAGAUCUUCAUUGCGGAAACGGGUUGGCCCAGUAAAGGAAACCUGGACCAAAUUGGAGCGAAUGUUCACAACGCCGGCACAUAUAAUAGAAAUUUCGUGAAGAAGGUUACUAGAAAACCGCCGGUUGGGACUCCGGCUCGACCGGGUUCGGUUCUUCCGUCUUUCAUUUUUGCAUUGUUUAAUGAGAACUUGAAACCGGGUUUGGGCACUGAGCGAAACUUCGGAUUGUUGUACCCGAACGGGUCGAGUGUUUACGAGAUUGACCUCUCGGGGAAGACGCCGGAGUCAGAGCUCGCGUCGUUGCCGACAACGGGGGAUUACAAGGGGAAGGCAUGGUGCGUGGUGGCAGAGGGGGCGAACGAGACUGCGGUGGCGGCUGCGUUGUCGUAUGCUUGCUCGCAAGGGAACCGAACUUGUGACCCGAUCCAACCUGGGAAAUCGUGCUUUAAACCCGACACCGUUGUAGGGCACGCUAGCUAUGCAUUUAGCUCUUACUGGGCGCAGAUGAGACCUGUUGGGGGAACCUGUUUCUUCAAUGGACUCGGCAUCGCAACUGCAACAAAUCCAAGUUAUGGAUCUUGCAAGUUCCCAAGUGUGACCCUUUGAAGGAGUCAAUGCUAGUCAAAAUAAUCAGCCAAUGCAGUUUCGUUAAUCCAACAUUUGAUUGCAACUCACUGCAUUAGAAAUUAGAAUCCUUUUCAUAGUGAUUUAUUUUUUGUUGCUUUUCAAUUCAUGAAUAGCAAGAUAAGUAUUGGGUAGGACAGUCAUUUAUGCCUAGUGGCUAGUACCCAAACAAGGAGAAGUUGUGUUGAUGAAUGAUAUUUGUUUUGUUAAAUCGAAUACCCAUAAUAAUAAGUUCACCCAA